UGUCUGAGACACUCGGUUCCUGCAGGGGACCAGCCUGUAUACGGUGUGUGUCGCCUACAGGAUGUAUGAGCAACUGAGCGGUAAUCUGCACCUUUGUGGGGAAUUUCAAGAUAAUCCUUCGUCAGACAGCAGGGAUGGGCGGUGAUCUGGAUGGCUGACGGACAGGAAGGAGGACCAAUCACACGAGAAGAUGCUGGCUCGUAACCGCUUCCUGCUACUGGUGGUGGUGGGGGGGGCCGCGCUAGCCAUCAUCAGUCUGAGCCUCCAGUUCUUGAACCUGCUCCCCACCACUCCCCUCCUGGAGGAGCGCCUCUUCCAGGCCGCAGAUGGAGGUGUUGGGGGCGCCGUGGGGAAGAGCAGGAAGAGAGUGUUCCCCGUGCCUCCCACCCAGGAGCCGAACCCCAUAGCGGAGGCUUACAGCUACUGCAACACCCCCAACCGCACCGAACAGGCCUGGGAGGGUCACAGUCCCGCCGACUACAAGCUGCUGUCGGUGCAGGUGAUGAUUCGCCAUGGUGACCGUUACCCUCUCUACUACAUCCCCAAGACCAAGCGGCCCGCCAUCGACUGCACCCUGUCCACCAGCAGGAAGCCGUCCCACCCCCUGCUGAACGCCUUCAUCCGUCACAUGGGUCAGGGGGCCCGCGGCCACUGGGAGUCUCCACUGGGUUCUGUCCCCCGCCUGCCCAACCACAGCGCCUGUGAGAUGGGAGAGCUCACGCAGACAGGUGUGGUUCAGCACCUCCGCAACGGGCAGCUCCUCCACAAAGCCUACCGGCGGCACAACUUCCCCCCCGCAGACUGGUCGCCCCGCCAGGUGUGGCUCGAGACCACGGGUAAGAGCCGCACCCUGCAGAGCGGCCUGGCCUUCCUUUACGGCCUGCUGCCGGACUUCGAUUGGACCAAGCUGACCGUGCGGCACCAGUGGAGCACGCUGUUCUGCGGCUCGGCCUGCGACUGCCCCGCCAGGAACCGCUACCUGGAGGAGGAGCAGAGGAGGCAGUACCGCCUCCGGGUGAGCGACACCGAGCUAGAGAGGACUUACGCGGACAUGGCACGGACUUUAGGGCUGCUCACCCGACAGCUCCGGGCUGCCAACCCCAUAGACUCCCUCCUGUGCCACCUGUGCCACGGCAUCUCUUUCCCAUGCGUUCCCACGGGAGACGGCGCCACCGGAUGCCUGACGAUGGCGCAGUUUGCCGUCAUCCGUCGACAGCAGUUAGACGAUGAGGUGGAUCGGAGAAGAGUUGGACUGUACCACAAAUACGCCAUCUUGGCCAUGUACCCCUACCUCAACCGGACUGCCAGCAAGAUGGAGCGCGUUGCCAAGGACAACGAGGCGGGCAGACCGCGGCGUGCAGGAGGCGAGGAGGUCUUCUCGCUGUCUUCCGCCCACGACGUCACCGUGGCCCCGCUGCUGAGCGCUCUUGGACUAGAGGAGGCGCGCUUCCCACGUUUCGCGGCACGGUUAGUCUUUGAGCUGUGGAAGAGUCCUCCGGCCGCGCAAAGACAGCAGAAGAAGAAGAAAGCUGGGAAAGGGGAGAAGGCGAAUGCGAAAGACGGGGCGGUGUUCAUCAGGGUGCUGUACAACGGCGAGGACGUGACAUAUCACACGCUGUUCUGUCACUCGCACGUCACACGCACGAACCAGCCCCUCUGCCCUCUGAAGAACUUCCUGUCUUUCGUCCAGAGGGACAUGUUCAGGGUGGUUAGCGCCACGUCCUACCACGAGGCGUGCUACAAGCGCCCUGGCUGACGGGGAGGAGCGUCACUCCUCUUGUUUUUUUAGUUGUUUUCCACUUUUGAAGACGGUGCACUUUUACGCUGCUCAUAAAAUCUUUAUAAAUGUAUAUAGCGGUACAUUCCUGAGCACACACACACAGUACUGUACAUCACGUCUCUGUAAGAUCAGCGUCUUACCUCUUUUGAAUACGGUCUGAUUUUUUAAGCGUCUCCGUAAGACAUGAGUCAUGCAAGGGAAGUUGUCUGGCACUUCGCCACUUUACUCCAUUACACCAUGCAAUUCCAGUAUUCCCGAAUGCCUGCGAGAAAAAAGGAAUAUUUAAACUGGAAAUGAUAUGCUGAAUUAAUGAUUCCUGGGAAAUACUUUGAGUACAAUAAAUCUUUUCAAUGAAAAUUACACUUUGGGCUGAUUACGGCCACUUUUAGCUCAUUCAUUAGACCGUUUAUCCGUGGCACCCUCUGUUUAAUAAUGAGGGUUGUUUCUAUACUUUGACACAUUGCUGUAUGUCUUUUCUUCUACUUGUUUUGGAAAGACAGACUGUGGUACUUUGAAACUGACAUUUGUUUUCUUACAGAACUGAAUCUGCAUUCAUAUCAGUUGGUGAUUUAACAGAUGAUUCACUGUUCUUUAUUUUGCUUGUAGGAAACUGAAAUAAAGGUUCAUUAUGCGCA